AUGUUCGGCUGGGACGACAUCAUGAUGGUGAUUGCAUUGGCGCUAAGUAUAGGGACCUUGGGACUGUUCGUCAAGGUCAUUCAUCUGGGACUUGGAAGGCAUGCCGAAGCCUUCCCUCCUGAAAAUCUCUACCCCUUCUUCAAGAUCAUGUAUUUCUACUCCAUCAUGAUCAUCGCCGCAUACAGCUUCAUCAAGCUGUCGAUUGGCUUCUUCUUACUACGACUCGCGGAUCGAACGAAAUGGCGACCUUUUAUGAUUGGCAUGCUCAUCUUCAUUGGAAUCUUCACUAUCGGCUCGACAUUCCCCAUUAUCUUUCAGUGUACUCCUGUACGCGCAGGAUGGGACUACAAAUUGCGUCCGCCCACGGGAAACGCAAAAUGCUACAGUUCCCAAAUCUUCAAAAGCAUUGGCGUCUUCAACUCUUCCAUCAAUAUUGCGACCGACCUCAUCUUCGCCUUGGUACCCAUACCAAUGGUCUGGAAACUGCAAGUCACAAUUCAAACACGCAUCGGCCUGGCCGUCAUCCUCGGUCUGGGUCUUUUCGCCUCUGCAGUCGCAAUCUACAAGACGCCAAUGCAGUACAACUUCUUUAAGAUGACAGAUUGGUCUGGUGAUGGAGCGUGGUACUACAUCUGGCAAGAAGUCGAAAUGUACGUGGGCAUCAUCGCAGCUUGCCUUCCUACACUCAAACCCCUCUUUGCAAGUACCUUUGGCCAAAUGCGUUCCUUGGCUACUAGAGGCCGUAGCAACAGCUCCAAUGUUAUUGGAAACACUCCGUUCCGCUCAAACGGAUAUGUCAAGCAAAGCGACAGUCGAUCGAGGACUAGCUACGCUUUGAAGAACAUGUCUGAAAGGUCACAGUCAACCGCCCCGGAUCCAUACGGCGAGGAUGCUGUCUGGGGCAAAGACACGUAUACUGUAGAAGCGAGCAGAGGCAGAAAUGGGACUCUAGCCUGUGUACGGAGUCAGUCAGAAGAGAGUGAGGAGAGUAUACUUGAACAAGAAGGCGUGGUUCAUGGGGCACGUAUGAGCGUUCCGAUGGGCAUGAUGAUUGUCAGAACAACCGAGGUUAUCAUUUUCUAG